GGAGCUUGCCGCACUGAUCUCUGUUUGCAGCAUCCCUAGAGCAACCUCUGUUGUGUGAAAUACAAGAAAGAAAAGACGACGGGAUCAGAUCCUAGGAGACAAUUGAAGAACUGGAAGGGAACAUCUUGGGGGUUACCAGGAUAGGGUUUCUUUGAUAUGUGGAAACCAUCUUCAGAGAAAAUGGCUAUUUUGUCAAUGUAAACAGCCUGUGCAAUACCUGCAUUGCUAAAGGGGGAAGCAGAAGAGGAGGAGGAGGGGCAGAUACUGGAGCAAAUGUUGCCUCAACCAGUGAAAUUUUUCUAUCUUUAGCUACCCCUAGUCUCCCGCAGGUCACCUCUGAGCAUGCAUGUUGUAUGUUAAGAUCAUAUGGCCAAAGCACCAUCAAUGCCUCAGCAGACUCCAGACCAGCACGAAGACACAUUCAUUGACCAUGAGACAUACUAGAGACUGAGCGGCGUAACAGCAUCAACACAGACAGUGAAGAUACACACUACUGUUGAAACAGCUACACUCAACCAUGGCUGCAAAUGGAACUAAGACAACUACGAGUAUUUUCUCAACAACUGCCACAACCCCCACAACCUCCACAAUCCCCUUCCUCUCGACAAGCCCCGGAAGCAGAGACAAUAUCACCUCAAGAACAUUAAUGACAGUGACUAUAACGACAAAUGAGACCAAUUUGAAUGCCACCACACUUCCAGAAGUGGUGAUUGAGAGCUCGGGCAUGAGAAUGUUGCUCGUACCCUUUGGCAUCAUCACAGUCAUUGGUUUAGCAGUGGCAAUAAUGCUGUAUAUUAGGAAACGAAAGCGGUUGGAGAAGUUGAGACACCAACUCAUGCCCAUGUACAACUUCGACCCAGCUGAAGAACAAGAUGACCUGCUGGAACAGGAGCUACUGGAUCACGGCCGGGAAGGCAGCAUCACAGGCCCCAAUGCCAAGUUUUGACAAUGGCAUGAUUGUAAAAGGCAAAAAUGACUCUCACAAGCUCCCAAGGGACAACACAAAGGCCCAGUCGUCUUGUCUUCACAGAUGUAGCCAAAGCUCUCAACGCUUAACAGCUCUCUGCCAUUAGAUAAUAUCAGUCUGCAGGGUCUGCUGGCCUCAAUAAAGGGAAACCGGACUGUGCGGUGGAGCAUCUGGAGCUGUGAUGAAGGUUAUCAUCACUGUGUGGGGACUGGCAGUGGCUUUCAUACUAUGAAAGCAAGAUAGGGUGCAUGUAUGAUAGGGAAGGGCAAAAGAAAGCAUCACAUAUGAUCUUGCACUGUUAUCAUUUGGCACAGAAAUGAAGUGGGAUGCACUUUUUUUUUUUUUAAGAAAAAAUAAAUCAUGUUGUGUCAUUGCUGUUAAAAUAUUUGGUAGCUUGUCAGUAUCUACUUCCAUGUUUCAUAAGGGAGAAGUGUAUAUCUGUGUUUUAGUGAUUUUGUGGUCUUAUAUUUCUGACAAGCUUCAAAGCUGGAUGUGUUUCCAUCCUUAAGUGACGUGUUUCUCCCCAGUUGGUUUAUUCUUUUGUGAGCAAUGAAGGACUGUUUCUGUGUGUAUACAUUAAAGCUAUUUAAACCAAUUUAAAAAAAAUGUUUUUGUUGUACAAAUCUACAACAAAACAGUUGAUAGGUGAUAUUUUUAUUGAUAAGUGAUGCGCAGACGCAGAGUAACACAAAUCACAAGGUAAAGAAUCAAAAUAAAAUAUAUAUCACAGGUU